AGGUGAAGAUGACCCUUUGCAUAAUAUGCUUAGCUGUGAUAUUGCUAGUUACCAGUCAACUACAUGUGUUGUUAUGGAAGAAGAAAAAAGAGAAUGCCAAUCUUGGAUGGGAACAUCUCCGAGCGAGUCACAAGUUCAUACUUUCAUGGAAGGAGAUAGUGUUAAUGAUAAUAAUGAGAAUCCAGAUCUAAAAUAUGACCAUUUGUAUUUUGCAAGACUUCUUGGAGAAGAAAAUAUGCAGAACAAUGAGAGGCUAGUGGAGAGUGAACAAUCAAAGUCUAUAUUUAACAGUCCUCGUAGAUCAGAAGCAAAUGCAACUGACACAUUGAUAGCAGCUCCGUCUACCCGAAGUCGGACAAGAAAAAGACGCAGGAGCCAACAAAAUUGGAGAGAAAGACCACGGAUGGAAAGUGAAGCAAAUUCAUUGGAUAUUGUACCUCAAGGUAAUUCUGAACGAGACCAUGUUCCCUCCAUUCAACAAUCUGAAAAUAGGAGAAAAAGAUUUAGCUGUCAUGGCAGUAAUCGAAAUGGCCAGAAGCAAUUGCGUCAUCAACAACCUGAGUCUACAUGUGUAAUUCCCUUUACAUCAGAAGAAGAUACCACUAAAAUUUUAAUGGAAGACCCACUUACUAGAGAUAGAAGAAAUACAAGAAGUGCGAGUCCGGAAGUUCUGAUAGUUGGAGAAAUGACUGAAAGUAGACCACCUCAACCUAUUCACCAGGUGGCUUUAGUCAAAGGUCAUCAUCCUGUAUCACCUGAAACUUUUCCACAUCUUAACAUGCAUGAACCUUUGUCUAAUGGUAGGCCAGCUUUUCCACUGAACAUAUCUGAGUUGCAAACAAGGCAUUCUUUCACAUCUUCUCCAACAAGAAGAUGCACUGCACAUAGAAAUCAGUCUACAUCUGUAACACCAGCUAACUUUAUCAAUGUGGAAAUUAAUAGAAACGAACACACAAACAUAUUUUCACAUUCUAAUGAGGGAGGUAUGCCGAAUUCUGAAAUAAUUUCUGUUGCUCAAACUUCCAAUACUGGUUUAGAGAUUCCUUUAGCUACAGUUCCUUAUGGAACAUCAGGGCAAAUGCUUACACAAAUUCUUGAGGUAGAACAUGAUAAUUGCCCUGAGAGCGUUUUAGAGGCCCGUGACUCAUCUUCAAGUCAAAAUAAUACAAGUGUUCAUUCUGGUGAAAGUAGUAUUUCUAGUUUUGUUUCCAGUUCUUUUUCACAUUCUACCAGCAAUACUACAAUUUCUUCAUUACAUUCAUUGUCAACACCCCGCCGACCAAUUUUGCAAAUCCCUAUUGUUUUGCAGACCACUAUUAUAAGGGAUGAAAAUUUACCAGCUACUUUUGAAAUUAAUGAAAGCUAUAAUGAACCAAUUUUAUCUUCUCAUACACCCUCUGAGGCCAGGCGAGCAAGACGAUUUGCAGGCCGAGAAGAAUCUGAUGAUAGUGAUUCUUGGCCAUUUUUGCCUAAUUUUGCUAACUUCAAUGAUAUUCAUAAUAAUCAUCCUAGAGGACUUACCAAGGAACAGAUUAAUAGUUUACCAAUAAGAUCUUUUUGUGAAAAUGAUAGAUUAAAUAUCUGCACUAUUUGUCUUGCAGAAUACACAGAAAGCAGUAGAAUUCGCAUUCUGCCUUGCUCUCAUGAAUAUCAUGAUGAAUGCAUUGAUAAUUGGCUACCUGAAAAAUCUAACUGUCCUAUUUGUCGUAGACAAGUAAUCAAUCCUCCUGAUGAUACAGAAAUUCCAUUUUGAGUUCUUGACCUCAGACAAAUAAAUUGUUAUAAUGAUGAAUGAAAA